AUGGCCUAUGCUGACGACCACAAGAUCUCGGACCUCGUGGCAAAGAUCCCACCAGGCUGGUUCUCCUUCGAGUACUUCCCACCAAAGACCGCAGAGGGGGUGGAGAACUUGCGAAAGAGAAUUGUCAAGAUGAAGGCCUUGGGGCCACUCUUCACAGACUUCACCUGGGGUGCGGGCGGCUCUACGUCGGAGCUCACCUUGAAACUCACCAGCGCGGCCAAGAACGAGUUCGGAUGCGUUGCCAACAUGCAUCUGACCUGCACGAACCAGAGCUCUGAGAUGACAGAGAAUGCUCUGAAGGACUGCAAACAGCUUGGUGUGCGAAACAUUGUGGCACUGCGUGGCGAUCCUCCACGAGGGCAAGAGAAAUGGACCGCCACGGAGGGCGGUUUCAGCAGUGCUUUAGAUCUGGUCAAGUUCAUCCGCAAGAACUUCGGUGACUACUUCUGCGUCUCUGUGGCGGGGUACCCUGAAGGACACCCUGACAACAUCGAAGAGAUCCCUGGUGGCAUCGAUAGCUUGACUGCCUCAGAGAAGCGUCGUGCCCGCGUGGCGCCCAACGCUGAGGGCAAGACCGUGGUCACAGUUUGCCGAGAUGCAAACUUCCACAAGGAGAUGGUCUACCUGAAGGAAAAGGUCGAUGCUGGCGCUGCCUUCGUCAUCACUCAGAUGUUUCUCGACGCUCAGGUCUUCCUUGACUUUGUCCAGGAGUGCCGCAAGUAUGAGAUCCAUGUGCCCAUCGUGCCUGGAAUCAUGUGCUUGAAUGGCCUAGGCGGUUUGAAGCGCAUGACCGAGCUUUGCAAGACCAGAUUGCCAGAGGGUUUGAUGGAGCGCGCGGAGCAGGCCAAUACCUCCGAUGAGGCGUUCAAAGCCUUCGGCAUCCAGGAAGGAGUCGACAUGUGCAAAAAGCUUCUGGAGGGUGGCGCACCAGGCCUGCACUUUUACACCUUGAACUUGGAGAAGGUUGUUGUCGGCAUCCUCAAAGGUUUGGGCAAGAUUUCUGACAAGCAAGCAGCAGAGUUCCAGCAGUUGGAAGCAGAUGCCAAGUUUAUGGUCUCCGCUCAAGGCAUCACCACGGGCACCAAGGUGGUGAAUCGCCCAGCAUUGCCUGGCAACCGCCCAUUGUUGGAAGUGGAUCCUACUAUGCACGACUUGGUGCAGCAGGAGAAGAACCGCCAGAUGCGAUGCAUCGAGCUCAUUGUAUCAGAGAAUUUCACCAGCCGCGGUGUCAUGGAGUGCUUGGGCUCUGCAUUGACCAACAAGUAUUCCGAGGGCCAGCCAGGAAAUCGCUACUACGGUGGCAAUGAGGUUAUCGACAAGGUGGAGAAUCUGUGCAAGUCUCGUGCGUUGAAAGCCUUCAAUCUGGAUGAGAAGGACUGGGGUGUGAACGUCCAGCCCUACAGUGGAAGCCCAGCGAACUUCGCUGUCUACACAGCACUUCUGCCGCCGCACAGUCGAGUCAUGGGAUUGGACUUACCAUCGGGUGGACACUUGACACAUGGCUACUACACCGCCAAGAAGAAGAUCAGCGCCACUUCGAUCUACUUCGAGUCCUUGCCGUAUCGAGUGCAUCCUGAGACCGGGCUGAUCGACUUUGAUGAGCUCCGAAAGACAGCUUUGGUCUUCCGGCCAGCAAUGAUCUUGUGCGGUGCUUCCGCCUAUCCGCGCAUCAUCGACUUCGCUCAGUUCCGCCGCAUCGCGGACGAGGUGGGUGCCAUUCUGAUGGCAGACAUUGCGCACAUCAGUGGCCUCGUGGCCACUGGAGAACAUCCAAGUCCCUUCGAACAUUGCGAUGUGGUGACGACCACCACGCACAAGUCCUUGCGAGGGCCACGUGCUGGCAUGAUCUUCUUCAAAUAUUCGGAGAAGAUUCCGGACAUCAAGGAGCGCAUCGACAUGGCCGUCUUCCCAGAAUUGCAGGGUGGACCCCACAAUCACCAAAUCGGCGCUUUGGCCGUGCAGCUCCUGGAGGUGGACAGCCCAAUGUUCAAGGAGUACGCCAAGCAGGUGAAAGCCAAUGCCAAGAUGCUGGCUGACACUUUGAUGGGCAAAGGUCACAAGUUGGCUUCGGAUGGCACGGACAACCACCUUCUGCUUUGGGACCUGCGACCCCAUGGUCUCACAGGUUCAAAGGUGGAGAAGAUCUGUGAAGCUGCCUCUAUCACCUUGAACCGCAACGCUGUGCACGGUGAUGCCUCGGCCCUGAGUCCCGGUGGUGUGCGAGUCGGGGCUCCGGCCAUGACCACCCGAGGGUGCACUCAGGAGGACUUCAAGAAGAUCGGUGAGUUCUUGGACCGCUGCUGUCAGAUCGCUCUGAAGAUCCAAUCUGAAAAGGGCAAAAAAUUGAAGGACUUUGAGGCAGCCAUCCCAGGAUACGCAGAGGUCCAGACCUUGAAGAAGGAGGCCGUGGCGCGAAAGCUGUGGGCUUCACGCGCAGAUUUGGAAGCACUUGCAGGUGAUGGCAUGACACCGUUGCACGUGGCAGCCUUCAAUGACCAAGAGGACGUGGUUAGCUUUCUUUGCCAACAACGAGUGGAUCUGAAUUCUUCCAGCUGUGGCUUCACGCCAUUACAUUUCGCUUGCAUGCGAAACAACCCAGAUGUGGUACAAGUUUUGUGCAACUUUGACGCAGACCUCCAGAAGAGGGACGUUUUUGGUGCAAUGCCCGUUAGCAUGGCAGCCUACCACGGCCGGCAUGCGAUUGUGCAGUGCAUGCUGGAAGCGGAGGCUGCAGCAGGCGUGAAGAGAUAUGAAGAGAUGGUGCAAGUUGACGAGGAUGAACAGAUCAAAGUAAUGCUGCGCUGCGGCCGCGUGGGGGGACUUGGUUCAACCAUGUUCAACCUGAAGGAACAUUUCGAAGGCAAAUCGCCCCAAGCCAGAGCCCAGCGUGGGCUCGCUAGGGCUUUGUACUCAGAAGGCACAAGAAGAGUCGGGAAGAGCAAGAGUCGCGCAGAGACAUCGGGCAUCACUCGGUUCAUUGAGUUCACAUUGAGUUCACAUGUGUCGGAUUUGAAGUGGGAUUUGUUUCAGACCAGCAAAAUAGACAGGCACUGCUGGAAAGCUGUAGCGAAAACGAAUCAGGGAAGGAGCAAACCGCACCCGUGUGAGACCUUAACCGGCCUGGUCGCCGUCGAUUCCAUGAGACCGGAGAAGCUCAUCAACCCAGGAGGGCUUCUAGGCAUCUCCAAGGCUGAUGCAAAGUGGCGUUUGCAGGGCGACUUCUUGGUUUCACUGGCCGUGGCUGUAACAGUGGGUCCUGGAAUGUCCUGGGUGUUGCUCGUGCUUCUUGUAGCCAAGACAUGUUUUGAUGAGAUGCCACCGGAGCAUGCCAGCCACUGUAAAAUCAGUGGGACGCAUCUGUACCGGGCUCGUGCGUAUCGCUGUGACGAUGGCUACACGCUGUUUCCACCGCCCUUAUCGUUAGUCAACAUCUCUGGAGCUCCUCGAAGUGGACGGCAUUUCAGUGUGAAAGGUACUCUUUUUAUCACCGACAGUUCAGGAAGACGUUUCAGCCGCAAGAAUCAAAGUACAGAGUCUUCGGCGGUUUGUGUUGAGAACUUCCGAGAAAGGCAAGACGACUUAUAUGGAACGUGCUAUGUGCCUCAUGAUCCUCGAGUUCGCCGAUAUGGGCUUUCAGCCUUUUUGGUUCGUCCACUUCGAGAACUAGACUGUUCAAAGUGCAGGAUGCCGCACUGCAAGACAUAUGGCGCGAGGGUCCGAUUGAGAUCAGAUUUGCGGGAGUUUACAGACAAUCGAUUGGUUCUCGCAGUUCCUGGAGCAUGUUCUCAUGCCAAUGUUGCAUUUCACCUGAUGCCACAACUGCUAGAGAACAGAGUGUUGUACGCACAGAUUUUGGAGAAUUUGGAGCUACAUGAAACGUUGCCAGGAGAUGCAGAAGCAGGUGGUUGUUUCCACAAAGGCAGACCUGCCUUGUGGCCGCCAAUUGUCACUUGUGUUGUCCUUCUUAUCUUGCCAAGACUUCUGAGGGAUGCGUCACAUGGGAGAAAGCAGGACAAGGUCCAGGGAGACACAACUUCUUUGAGAUCCACAACACCUCAGCAAAUUCCACAUGUUGAUGUGGAGAAACAGAAUCACCGGGAGAUAAACACCAUUGACAUCUUGAGAGUCAUUGCACUUUGGAACACGGUGAGCCGCCACUGGCAUUGUGCAUUUCCAUUUACUACCUUGAAAGCCUUCAUAAACGAGCUGUGGCCGGAUGACCCGCUGUUAUGUAAGCACGUCUCACAUCGCAUCGAUUCAUCAUUUGAGACCAUCUAUUCUCUGGUAGCAGUUUACCUCGUCUUGGAAUGCCAAUCUUUCGUGAUGUACAGCAAACGCCUGACACGCAAAGUAUGUCGACAGUUUCUUGCAUUCUUCCUCAAAGGUAUGUGGGCCCCCGCAUGUUUGUAUGCCUCAACUGCGGUAAACUGCCUUGUGGACUCUUCAGUCAGCUACCUGAAGUCGCCAGCAGCCAUGAUGCGAUGGAUCGUGCAGCUCUUCAUCAUGAUCAACCCCAAAGGCCAAGGUGAAGAUGUAGCGACCGAAACUGUCCUGGCAACGUACACGUGGGCCUUUGAGCUGGACAUCCAGGAAGUUCUGCUGAUUGGGACUUUGGGCGUAUUGAGGCACAAGCAGAGGCUCUCCUUCGUGCCAGUGGCAUUCGCAGUGGCGUAUUGGUCCUAUUUGUUAAGUCAAGAAAUGAGUCCAGCAGCUUGCACUGCCUGGAUCAAAACAAUCCAAGUGGACAUGCACCUAAACUUUUGGAUGCAUUGGCUUCCGACCUGCCUGAUGUGGCUCGCCUUGGACACCCCUUUGCGAUCUGCGCAUGUCCGGAGCUUCAUGGGACGCGUCAAGCACAGCCUGGGUCUCUUCCUCACCUCCGCUCUGAUUGUGGUGGCUCUUUGUUUCUCGUUUUGGAUUGGAACUGAACCGAUGCAAAAGUGGCAAAGCUUCGAUUGGCAGAGACUGGGCCUCGUACAAUGUGACUUUGAUAAACUGGCAGUCGGCGACAACGUCACUGAGAACGAGUUCCAAGGGAAUCAUCCAGGGAAUAAUUGGGCACGAGGUGAUUUCCGAUAUGUGCUGUCUUGCGUGCCCUUUGAAAUUGUGGCGUUUGUAUCUCUGCACUUCAUGAUGGCUCCCACACCGUCCAUUACGCCUGUCAACGACCGGGCCAUCGGGGAAAGCAGCGUCCGCCUUGAAAAUGACCUGGAUGGCUUUGGUGAAGAGCGGUCGGCCUUAGCUGGUUGCAUAACUUUUCUCAGUGACCGCGCUUUGCAAAUCAAUGCCUGGCAUAUGCUGAUCUAUGAUGCAUUGCAUGUCCAUUGCCCUGCUUGGUCAGAACUUCAAAACCGCGGACAGAAUUGCAUGCUGGAGUACUUGACGCUCAACUUCCUUCCGGUGCUUCUUCUUACGUUAAUCCCUGCCUGUCUAUCGCAUCACUUCAUUGAGAAGCCUUGCGCCAGCGUCUUCCGCAAGCUGUCGGAGCGGUGCUACACCCCCGUGCUGUACAUUUUUCUGGUUGGCUACUCUCUCCUUUGCUCCACGGCCUGGUUUGCAGAUUGGUUCCGCUGAGCUUUCUUUUUGCGACGCCGCGGCAAAGCCUUUAGGAAGGACAUCUUGCAGAACAUCUUCAAGAAAUCGAAAACGGACUCUUUUGCCAUCGACCAGGUGACCACUGGUGACCGCUGGUGUGCACUUGCCAUCGGUUUGAAUUCCAGGGAUUUGCUGCACAUUCAUCGGAAUGAUCGGUGCGUAUGAAAGCCGCUACUCGCAUUGAAGAAGGCACCCAGCGCUCAAAAACUGCUCCGCUUUCUGAUUCAGCAGGUGCCUGCGGUUGGUUGCUACUCUGCGCUGGUGCGAGAGCAUUUUGGAUAUCAUCAAGCCAGUGACAUUUGGUCAAAAUUUGUUCCAGUUAGCACCUUCGGAGACGCAUUCUUGAGUCCGUGCUGGCGAGUCCCGUAAAAGGCAGGCCGCAAAACCAGCUGCGGAACAGACUAUAUGAUGUGGGCUUCAGAAGAAG